ACGAGAUUGAUCCAUCUCGAUUGCCAUACCGACACUUCACUAGCCGCUGGUAUGGUGGGGGUAGCAGGAAAAUCCAAAGGCUGCAAUACCUGUCGGGCGCGGAAAAUUGCGGUAGGUGCUAAUUCUUCUCUUCCGUGUGGCCAGUGUACGCGGUUGAACCGAGUGUGUGGUGGCUACCAGAGGGAAAGGGUCUUUGUGUUAGUCCAGCCGGAUGCUGCACCCACCAAGAAACACAUCUUUCUGCGAUCCUCUCCCUCCGAACGGAGUUCACCUGCAGAGCUCUCCGAUAAUGGAGUCGAGGAGUGUCUGCCGUUGCCAGCGGCCUAUCCCUUAACAGAGCGAGGGCCAGCAUACGCCACGAUUCAGACUCAGAAUGAGUGCCACAAUCUGGUUUUGAGCUUUCUCUCCAACUGUCUUCCCGCGUCACAGUCAUCUUCCCUUCCGCGCUCAUGGAUGCCCUUGUUGGCGGAGCUGCCGACAAGAGGCAAGGCCCUGCAAAUCGCAGGAGCAGCCGUCGCGGCCUCAGCCAUCGGGCACCGAUUUCGAGAUCCGGCCCUAAUCCGAGAAAGUCUCAACCUCUACACCCAGGGCCUGCGACAGCUGCAGAGUGCAUUAUGGAACCGCCACCUCGUCCACGAUGAUGGUACUCUGGCAGCCUGUAUGGCCCUCAGUCUGUAUGAGGCGAUGGAAUGCCCCAGUGCAGGUUCAGAGGGUUAUUUCGGCCACUGCCAGGGCCUUCUCGCGUUGGUUCAAGCUCGCGGUAUCCAGGCGCAUUGUACAGGUGCGGGCCAUCAAUUAUUUCUUGGGGUCCGAAUGCCUGCGAUAUUGUACGCGUUAGAACACCAAGCUCCAAGUUUCAUGUUCGAUGCGGCGUGGAUGGAGCAGCCCUGGGAACUGAUCCCAAAAACCUUCAUGAGUAGAGUCGUGGAUUGUCUCGCAAAAAGCCCCAAGAUCCUGCAACGCGUGAGCGUCUUGUAUUCUCUGGGUCCGGAGGACCAGGGCGACCUAUAUCACGAGCUGAUCCACGAGUGUUGGCAAAUUGACGAGGAACUGGAUCUGGUCUGGGAUAAAAUGCAGGAUGCCACGCCAGGUCCGCUGUACUGGCCUGUGCCAUCCCAGAUGAAGUAUACCUCAACCGAUUCUGCUGGCGCAGAGACCCCAUUUUCAGUGGUGUUCUGUUUUCCGAGCCAGGAAUGCGCCACUACCCUGAUCCUCCUGUGGGCAGUGCGAGUCAUGCUUUGGUCCGGCCUCUGUCAUCUGUACGCUGGUCUGGCUAUCCUCAACAGCUCCAUGGCUUCUUCUACCGUUGCCGUUCACCCGACGCUGCCUGCUCUCGGUCAUCGUCGGGACUAUCUUUCCAUGGCUCACCAUGUCUGUCAAUCAACCGAAUACAUCCUGCAGGAUGAACAGCUCCUGGCCGGGCCGCUCGCGGUUUCCCCUGCAUUGGGAAUUGUGCUGGAUACCCUCCGGGAUCAACCUUGUUAUGCUCGCGAAGUCGCAUGGCUACGAACAAUUCUCGGCGUAGUAAGACAAAGAGGGCUGGGUGUUUUAAAGCACAGCAGAUGA